AUGCUGGCUACGAGGAACGGUGUCGUGACGAUUUCGGAUUCGAAUCCGACGGUUCGCCUGGACGACGCGUCGAAGGUGUGGGACAUCCUGGCCGAACGCAUCGACUCGCUCAUCGAGGGCUGGGAGGCCGUGGGCGACCCUCCGGCGUUGAAAGAGUUCCUGCCCGAGAGCCCCCCCAACUUGCGGUACUUGGCGUUGGUCGAGUUGAUCAAGGUCGAUUUGGAGUAUCGCUGGAAGCGCCACAAUCUGCCGCGAAAGGUGGAAGAGUACGCGGCCGAGUUCCCCGAGUUGUGCGGCGAGGGUGGGAUUCCUUCGGACUUGAUCUAUGAGGAGUAUCACGUUCGCACCGGGAUGGGCGACCCGCCGACGCCGGAGGAAUACUUCGAGCGGUUUCCCGAUCGGGUGGACGAACUGAAGCAGUUGAUGGGGCUGCAUUCGCCGAACGUGACGACCUCGAUGUUUGCCGCAUCGAAGGCUCCCAAGGUGAAUGUGGGCGACAAGAUCGAUGAUUUCGAUCUGCUGGCCGAGUUGGGAUCGGGGGCGUUCGCCACCGUGUACCUCGCCCGGCAGAACUCGCUGCAGCGGUUGGUGGCCUUGAAGAUUUCGGCCGACAGUGGAACCGAACCUCAAACGCUAGCCCAACUCGAUCAUCCUCACAUCGUGCGGGUGUACGAUCAACGGGUUCUCUCCGACCCUCCAGUGCGACUGCUUUAUAUGCAGUAUGUGGCCGGCGGCACCAUGCAACGAGUGGUGCAAAUGGUGCGGCAAACGCCAGCUUCUGAACGCACAGGUAAGAUUUUGUUUGAAGCGGUCGAUCGCGCAUUGGAACUUCGGGGAGAAUCGGCCCCGGAGUCGAACUCGACGCGGUCGCGACUCUCGCGGAGCAGUUGGCCGGAAACGGUUUGCUGGCUGGCCGUGCGGAUGGCCUCCGCCUUGGGAUACGCACAUCGUAAAGGUGUGCUGCACCGCGACAUCAAGCCGGCCAAUGUGUUGCUGGCAGCCGACGCGACCCCGAAACUGGUCGACUUUAAUAUCAGCUUCAGUUCGCAGCUCGAUGGGGCAACGCCGGCGGCGUACUUCGGCGGGAGCCUGGCGUAUAUGUCGCCCGAGCAGUUGGAGGCUUGCAACACCAAGCACCCCCGUGAGGCGGCCGACUUGGAUGCCAGGGCCGACAUCUAUUCGCUGGGGGUGAUGCUGUGGGAGUUACUCUGCGGGCAGCGGCCCUUCCUUGAUGAGGAAGUGGGCGUGGGAUGGACCGCCACACUCGAAGCGAUGACCGACAGCCGGCGGGAAGGGGUUCCGCAGAAGUCGAUCGACGCGCUACCGGCUGAUUUGCCCUCGGGGAUGAAGGAAGUGCUGCUGGAUUGUAUCUCGCCCGAUAUCGAACAGCGGCCCAAGACGGCCGACGAACUGGCCCGCCAGCUUUCGCUGUGCCUGCAACCGCAUGCUCAACAGUUGCUGCGGCCCAAGGGUUUCGGCUGGCGGCAAGUGGUGCGGAUCAUUCCCGCGAUAACGCUCUCGCUGGCGGCGCUGGUGCCGAAUAUUGCGCUGAGCGUGUUCAAUAUUUUGUACAACGUCAAAGCGAUUGAAGAGCUUCUCAAGGAUCCAAAGCUGAUCCAGUUCUUUUGGAGCGUGAUGGUCGGCUCAGUGAACUCUCUGGCCUACAGCGUGGGGCUGGCGUUAGCCAUCGGAAUGGCGUUGCCCGUGAUACGGGCGCUGUGGAAAUUAAGGCGGAAGCAGGAAAUCCCGAACGAGAACUUGCCGUUCAUCCGACGAAGGUGUUUGUCGAUCGGCAAUAUAGUCUCCUGGAUUGUUAUUGCGCUGUGGGUAGCUAGCGGAAUUGGGAUUCCAGUUGGAUUGGAGUAUGGAGCAAGUUCGCCAUCGGGACUGCCUUGGAAUAUCUACCUGCACUUAUUUAUUUCGCAAGUCUUGUGCGGAUUGAUCGCGGCCACGAUCACUUUCUUCUUGAUGAGCCUGGUUUGUAUCCGUUCUUACUACCCGUUACUGCUGCGGCCUGAAUCGAUUGUGGAAGAGGACGCCGACGCCCUGCGAACGUUUGAACGCAGAGUGUGGGUGCAGUUUGGGCUUUCGAUUUCGGUGCCGAUUGUGGCCACGCUUGUGGUAGCGAUUUCGAACCUGCCCCGCGAAUUGAUGUGGGUACAAACCGUGAUUGCCGCGAUCGGCCUCGGCAGUUUUGGGUUUGCUUUCUGGAUGCUGCGGACAAUUCAGGCCGACGUCGCAGCGCUGCUCACCACGGUGGGCCCGCCACGGGAUGCGUUGUCUUCGAGCGACACGAUGGAUUCGUUUUGGACGGAUAGCCGGUAG